AUGGACAUCGACUCGCCACCAAUCGACGCGAGCCUCCCGACGGACGCGCUGUCGGCGUUUGGCCUCCGCUACCCUCUCCCGUUCCGCAUCCUCUUCCUCUCGUCCCUCACUGUCCUCGGGUUCGCCUCGAACCUGCACAUCCUCUCCCAUCUCGGCAUCGACACCGCCCUCGUUCUAGACGUCCGAUUAGACGCCCCGCCUUCGACUCUCCCUCGAACCGUCCCUCUCUCUUCUCUUUCCAACACCGCGCCGUCUUCGACCGCCCACCCUCCUUACGUCCACCCUUCGAAACUCUACCCGCCCUUGUACAGUCUUGCAGUCGCGGGACUCGGAUGGACUGCCGCAGGAUGGCUGUUCUUCCGACUUUUGACGGGAGGCGAUCCCGCCGCAGGCGAACGCUGGCGGAUCGAGCCGGCUGCGCUUCUCAUCCUGGCAGCAGCGGCGAUUUGUUGGCCAGGGAAUGCGCUGUGCCGGAGAGAGCGGUUCCGCUUCUUGCGGUCUAUCCGACGCAUCGUCUCGCCCUCGCUCAAUGCCGCAGUGCCCUUCAGCGACAUCAUCCUUGCCGAUAUCCUCACUUCUUCCGCCAAAGUGCUUGGCGAUGUAUGGGUCGCGGGAUGCAUCCUGUUCGAAGGCGGGGCGGUCGGGACAGCCGGACUGUCUGUCGGCGAUGCGUGCAAGCGAGUCUGGGGCGUACCCUUCAUGACUUCCCUGCCCUACCUCUUCCGUUUCCGCCAAUGCCUCUCAGAAGUCUACACGCGCUCAACACCCACCCCUCGUCGGUCGCUCCUCAACGCCCUCAAGUACGCGACGGCCUUCCCCGUCAUCAUCUUCUCGGCAAUGCAGACGGUCAUUGGCGACCCGUUCGACCCGGACGAGGAAGCGCACGAGGCGGGUGAGCGGUGGAUCGGGCGGACGACGCUGUUCAACCUGUGGAUUCUCGCCGUUCUCGUGAACAGCCUGUACUCGUUCUGGUGGGACGUUACGAACGACUGGGGCCUCUCGCUCCUCACGAAAUCAGGCUGGUCGUCGUCGCCUUCCGUCUCGUACGCCUUCAUCAACCCGCCAUCGUCGUCCGGCAGCCAUGCUCCGCACCGCUCUCCGGCCAGUCGAGGGCUCGCAGGCUCGCACCAGCACCACCGAGCGCGGUCAAAUACGCCAAACGGUCUGCUUGGCCCACCUAGUUUAGCGAACGGCGAGGACGGGUCAAGUCUCUCGACAACGUUCCCUCCUCCGCCCUCCCGCCCGCAAUCCCCUCUCCCCAAACCCGGUCCUGCCUCGGCCACUCUCGCCGUCCCUUCCACUUCUGGCUCUCCCGGCUCUCGUCGCACCCACCACAUGCGCGCCUUCUCGACCGCUUCCUCCCCGAACCUCUCCUACCCGUUCCUCCGGCCGAUCCUCCUCCUCCCGGACCCGCUAAUCUACUACCUCUUCAUCCUGCUCGACCUCCUCCUGCGUCUCACAUGGUCGCUCAAACUCUCUUCUCACCUGCACAGCGUACAAGAAGUCGAGGCGGGUGUGUUCGUGGUUGAAUUGAUGGAGGUCGUGAGGAGGUGGAUGUGGUGUUACCUCCGGAUCGAGUGGGAGGCGGUCAGGAAGGGUGCAGGGAGCGAGGUCGUCAGCCACCACGCACCGAGUGCGCCGGGCGGGGUGAGCUGGCUCGAGAAGGACGAAGGGGAGGCGAGGUUGCGGAUGCAGGAGGAGUACGAGCUGGCACUGAGAGGCAGCGGAGGCGCGGGACCGAGUGGGCCGGGAGGAGUGACAGCGCCGUUACUCGAGGAUGUCAAGGGCGCGGGUGGGGCGAGAGAAGGGGAACUGGUUUAG